CGAGACCGAGAUUCCCAUUUCCAUUCGAGUUCGAGGUUUGAUCGCUUUUCAUACAGUAGAUAUUCAAAAUAUACUGAGCAUUUAGCCAGCCCUUGAGGGAGAGGAUCAGAUAUGGCUUCAAUUCCUUUCAAUUCCACCUCCCUGGACAGCGCAUCGCCGCCGCUAUUGCGGCCACUCCGGGAGAAUAACCGCAGGAGCCGCUCGCAGUCACUGGCUGCUCUGAUGGGCCGGGUAACUGGACGGCGCGGUGCUUCGAUGCUGGUGCGCCAGACGGCCGCGCGGGAGCUGGAGGAGCGCCGGGCCGAUUGGGGGUACUCCAAGCCAGUGGUGGCUCUGGACAUGAUGUGGAAUCUUGCUUUCGUGUUCGUCUCGGCUGUUAUGCUGGGUUGUACGCUGGAUGAGAGCCCUAACGUGCCUAUCAGGGUUUGGGUUUGCGGUUAUGAGUUGCAGUGUCUGGUUCAUGUGGUGCUGGUUUGGUUCGAGUACAGCCGGAGGAACUCACCUAUUGACCGUAGCGGAGAAGAUGGAGCUUCAAUGGCAGACGGAAGUGAGGAAGAUGAUGAGGAAGAAAUGAUUGCUGGUUUGGCUAUUAGCAGCAGGUCCAGUGUUGCUAAGCGUUGGGAGUCUGUGAAUACCAUGGCUUCAUUUGGGUGGUGGAUGAUUGGCUUUUAUUGGGUAAUCUCAGGUGGUGAAAUGCUUUUGCGCAAUGCUCCACGACUGUACUGGUUAGCGGUGGUAUUUCUGGCCUUUGAUGUCUUCUUUGCCAUAUUUUGUGUUGUUUUAGCAUGUCUGAUAGGGAUUGCUCUCUGCUGUUGCUUACCUUGUAUAAUUGCAAUUCUUUAUGCUGUUGCUGGUCAGGAAGGUGCAUCAGAGGCAGAUCUUAAUGCCCUUUCCAAGUACAGAUUUCUAAUACGUCAGGAUAAUGAAAACCCCUUUGUUGGUGGUGGUAAGAUGGUACCCAUUGAUCCAGGAAGUGGUUACUUGGCUACCGAACGGUUUCUUUUACCCGAAGAUGCAGAGUGCUGCAUAUGUCUCAGCUCGUAUGAGGAUGGAACAGAGCUUCAUACUCUCCCUUGUAGCCAUCAUUUUCACACAGUCUGUAUUGUGAAAUGGCUUAAGAUGAAUGCCACGUGUCCUCUAUGCAAGUUCAACAUCCUCAAGGGGAAUGAACAGGUUUAAACUUGAAAUGUCUAUAAUCCAAAUUUUGCCUGUGUAUGCGUGUUGGGGGUGGGUGGGUGAGUGGGAGGGAGGGAGGGGGGUAUCGAUACUAUAAGUAGUUGCAUUGUAACUAGUUGAGCUUCAGACCCCUUUUUGGCAUUGUGUAUAUUUGUUUUACCUUAGAUUACUUGUCAAAUAUGACUUGUAGACAUAGGAAAUCAAAAAAAAUGGUAGUGAUACUAUCUGGUAUUGUAAUCAUUUUGAAUCCAUUGAUAUGCUCCUUAAUCGACAGGAAUGUCGCGUGA